UUCUGGAAAAAGGUCAGCGUUGUGUUUCUCUCUCUCUCUCGACACUUCGGGACGUCUUACUUAGCCCCCAUCGAACCAACCACCUCCUUCUCCUACCAAUUACAUACCCAAACCUUUAACUUAACCGCUCUCUCCUCUCUCUCUCUUUGUGAGCUACAUAACAUACAGAAAACCCUAGAAAGCCAUCGUCAAUGGCGGUCUCCGAGGAGGAGUGUUCCUCCGCCAACUCCAGAUCAUCCUCCUCCUCCACCUCCAGCACCUCUCACUACCUCUCCAAGUGCCUCCUCCGUGGCACCGUCGUUCUCCACGUCCUCUACGGUCACGUCCGCUUCCCCAACUCCCGCGACAUCGUUUUCGGCAAGGAGAAAUCGAUAGAGUUGGUGAUCAUCGGUGAAGACGGGAUUGUACAGUCUGUGUGUGAGCAGCCUGUGUUUGGCACCAUUAAAGACAUUGCCGUCCUACCUUGGAAUGACGGAUUCCGAACCCGAAACCGCCAGAUGCCGGGCAAGGAUCUUUUGGUGGUUGUUUCGGAUUCCGGGAAGCUCUCGGUUCUAUCUUUCUGCAAUGAAAUGCACAGGUUUUUUCCUGUGACACAAGUUCAACUUUCUAAUCCUGGAAACGCGAGGAAUCAGCUUGCAAGAAUGCUGGCCAUUGAUUCAAGAUAUCAUCUGUUGCUUCUUGCUCUGUUUCUGCGAGAGAACAAACACCAAGACAAGAAACAUGCAAUUUUCGUGAAAACCCUAACUGGGAAGGCCAUCACUCUCGAGGUUGAGAGCAGCGAUACUAUCGAUAAUGUCAAAGCCAAGACCCAGGAUAAGGAAGGCAUCCCUCCUGAUCAACAGAGAUUGAUUUGUGCUGGUAAGCAAUUGGAAGAUGGUAGCACUCUAGCAGAUUAUAACAUCCAAAAGGAGUCAUCUCUUCACCUGGCUUUGAGGCUGAGGGGAGGAACUAUGAUUAAGGUGAAGGCUCUUACCGGGAAUGAAAUUGAGAUUGAUAUUGAACCGACUGACACCAUUGACCGAAUCAAGGAAAGGGUUGAGGAGAAAGAGGGAGUUCCUCCGGUGCAACAAAGGCUGAUUUAUGCUGGCAAGCAGCUUGGAGAUGACAAAACUGCUAAAGACUAUAACAUUGAGGGUGGCUCUGUCCUUCAUCUAGUGCUUGCACUACGUGGUGGUAGUCUAUAAAUAGUAUCUUAGUAUUGUACCUAUUGAUCGGUUCAGGCAAACUCUUUCGUGAAGGCUUUAUCAAGUCUUGAUACUCAAACAUUUGAGUUGCAUUACAUGGCAGAAACUUGUUUGACAUAAGUAUUGGUGUUACAUAUUGCACUUUUACCUUUCUGCUCUGUUA